AUGGCAUACGGUGGUACAGGCAUGGCAUCAACGAUAAGACAAGUUAAAUUAGAGAAAGAGAGCGAGCUGAGAAUCGAAGUAGCUAACGAGACGCCGCUUCGCUUAAGACUCCUAAACGGCACCGCUGAGAUCUUUGGCACCGAGCUCCCCCUGAAAUCUGGCUCACCUUCCCUCCUCACUUCAAAUUCGCCGUUUUUACUUGAUUAUACAGCUGAUGAGACUCCUAUGGUUAGCUAUGUAAAUGUGCAUGCUGUGCUGGACGGACGGAGAAACCAAGCUAAAGCAUCGCCUGAGUCUUCUCAGGGUCCUAGGGUGAUUGUUGUUGGACCUACAGAUUCAGGAAAGAGUACAUUGUCGAGGAUGCUUCUCAGUUGGGCAGCUAAACAAGGUUGGAAGCCUACUUUUGUGGACUUGGAUGUAGGCCAAGGAUCUAUAACUGUUCCUGGAUGCAUUGCUGCCACUCCUAUUGAGUUGCCUAUUGAUCCAGUCGAAGGCAUUUCGCUUGAAAUGCCACUUGUUUACUUCUAUGGCCACACAACUCCCAGCCAAAAUGUAGACUUGUACAAAGCACUUGUAAAGGAGCUUGCUCAAAUAUUGGAGAGACAAUUUACUGGAAAUGCUGAAUCUCGUGCUGCAGGCAUGGUGAUCAACACCAUGGGAUGGGUAGAAGGCAUAGGCUAUGAGUUGAUUCUUCAUGCAAUUGAUACAUUCAAUGCCAACGUGGUCUUGGUUUUGGGUCAGGAAAAGCUUUUCAGUAUGCUCCGGGAUGUGCUAAGGAGCAAGCCUAAUGUGGAUGUCGUGAAACUUCAAAAGUCUGGUGGUGUUGUUUCCAGGAGUUCAAAAUUCCGCCAGAAGUCCAGAAGUUAUAGGAUUAGGGAAUAUUUCUAUGGCAUUGCAAAUGAUCUCUCUCCUCAUUCAAAUAUUGCAAAUUUUAGUGAUUUGUUUGUAUAUCGAAUUGGUGGUGGGCCACAAGCCCCAAGAUCAGCUCUGCCAAUUGGUGCUGACCCUGUUGCCAACCCUCUGAGAGUUGCACCUGUGAAUAUUGAUCGAGAUUUGCUCCAUGUUGUUCUUGCUGUUUCAUAUGCCCAAGAACCAGAUCAAAUUGUUUCUAGGUAA